UUUUUCGUUUAUCGGAAAGCGUAAGGAAAGUUGAUCAUGCCUGAUCCAGCCAAGUCCGCUCCAGCCGCGAAGAAAGGCUCCAAGAAAGCGGUGACCAAGACCCAGAAGAAAGAUGGGAAGAAGCGCAGGAAGACAAGGAAGGAGAGUUACGCCAUUUACGUGUACAAGGUGCUGAAGCAGGUGCACCCCGAUACCGGCAUCUCCUCCAAGGCCAUGAGCAUCAUGAACUCCUUUGUCAACGAUGUGUUUGAGCGCAUCGCAGGGGAAGCCUCCCGCCUGGCUCAUUACAACAAGCGCUCCACCAUCACCUCCCGGGAGAUCCAGACCGCGGUCCGCCUGCUGCUGCCUGGGGAGCUGGCCAAGCACGCCGUGUCCGAGGGCACCAAGGCUGUCACCAAGUACACCAGCGCCAAGUAACUGCUGCCCCAUCUC